AUGUGGGCGCACCAAAGCGCACGAAGCUGUGUCAGCCACGCCAAGAAGCAAGCUAAUGACGGUGAUAUCGGCGCAUUCAGCGACAAUGGUCAACGUCAAGCCACCUCACGCCAGAUGGACGACUACAGAGAAGGCCCCUAUGCAGCUUGCAUCAAGCAUAGCCUGCUCGGCAUGGCAACGUCCACCGACGCCCCACCGACUAGGCGAGUCUUCGUUGCUCGACUCUCCGAAGUGGUUCCGAACGUAGACCUCAGAGAAGAGCUCGGAGAUACGCAAGGCCAACGGCCGGCCAUGACCUCACGACCUCACGACCUCACUACAAUCCGGGAAUGCUUUGAUUCGACAGGCUCGCUUCAAGCCUUGACCAUCGAUCCAGCCAAUCACCCCUUAGGAUGCCGGUCGUCAGAGGCAAUCCUUUCCGCGCUGAUGCUGGUCAUGUCCAGUGAAAGUUUCCUGAUACCGCAGGCGUUCGCCUCGGUGUGUUCCGAGUGCAGCUUCCAAACUCGCAACAGAAGAUGCCUCCUUCUAGCCAUUGUGCGCUCAGUCCUGUGGGGUGUGGCGUCGGACCGAGUUGGCCGAGUGGAGGAUGCAUUCAUGCGAGGAACACGUUGCGAGAAGGCGCCGACGCUGUUUGUUGGCAUUGCCAGACCAUCGUGCAAAGAUGCGCACCAGCACCAGAUUCUGCAUGUGAUUCGUCCAGUGGCACUCGGCGUCGCGCAAGGUGCAGGCAAGAUCGCCAUGAUUCCGCGCGCAUCACUAGCAGAGAAAGUGGGCGAGACACCGGUCAAAUCCGCGGACCCGAGUUCCACCCCAACCUCGGCUGCCUCGGCCAUGUGGUGA